AUGGCGACUGACUCGUAUAGCUUCCCGGUGAUGAUUGAUGGUGUGUCCUCGGAUGACGAAGUGACUACUGCGGCGCCUGGUGUUGAUCGCCUCACACAGUGUAUACGUAAAAUACCGAGCGGCAACACGUACUUUCACGGCGCACGGUCGUUCGUGGCGGAAAGGGAAUGCCGGGACAGACUAUAUGAGUAUCCGUGUAUAACGAGGAUUUUACUCUCGUCCGGCUUACUCAGUCUGGGGCCAAUGCUGUUUGAUGUUUGGUAA